UUUUGGAAUUUUGACUUGUGAUAACAGAAGAAUGCUUCCCGAGAAAGAGAACAAUGAUCUGCAGUGUCGCAUCUGCCUGCUGCAGCCGAAGGAUGAGUCCCUCUUGCCCACAGAGCCGGAUUUCCCGGAGCAAAUAAAACGAUGCACGGGUGUUGAGAUGAGUGAGAACCCCAACUGGCCAAAUCACAUUUGCACAAGCUGCGCUUUGCUCCUUAGGGCGGCCCUCAAACUACGAUCCCUUUGUCAGGAGGCGGAGAAGGAGCUUUUGAAGGCUGAGGAGCAGGAGGUUCACAUUCAAUUAAUAUGCAACGACCAGGAAAUGGAGCUGGAUAAGGAGUCCAAAGAUCUCAGCGAUAGCGAGGUGGAGUACGAGUACCUGGAACCGUACGAUGUAACGCUGGAGAGCGGCGAAGAGGCCGCCUAUAGUGCCGACGAAGUGGUCAGCAUCGAACCAACCAACUCUGCCCCGGAGGAGUCCAUAUAUUCACUGAGUCCCAAAGCGGAAACCGGUGGUGAGGAGGACUCCAGCCAGGCACCCUCAUUUGCGUGUAACAUAUGCCAGAAUGUCUACACGAACCGCUUGAAGUUGACAACCCAUAUGAAGCUCCACAGCACUGAGAAACCACACGAGUGCGAAAUCUGCCAUAAACGAUUCCGGCAGACACCGCAGCUGGCGAGGCACAUGAACACCCACACCGGCAAUCGUCCCUACAAGUGUGAUUACUGCGACGCCAGCUUUGCAGAUCCAUCUACGCGCAUCAAGCACCAGAGGAUCCACACCAAUGAAAGACCGUACAAGUGUAAGUUCUGCAGCAAGUCCUUCGCCUACUCAAAUGUGCUCCGGGUGCAUCUAAAAACGCACACGGGUGAGCGACCAUUUAGCUGCCAGUACUGCCAGAAGACUUUUUCCCAACUGCACCACAAAAACGCCCAUGAAAAAUCGCACAAACCCAAAAAAGACCUGGAAAUUGGCGGUAUUCUCGCUGGUGAGCAGCUCGUAUUCCUCAUAAACCGCAUACGGUUCCGCCUCUUCGAUCACGGUCUGCUCCACAUCGAAAACCGCCUGCGUGGGAUCCUCUCCAUCGAACAAAAUGGUUUCGACACCUUCUGCACCCUCCACUACAUUAACGUUCUAUUCGCAACAAUGAGAGACUCGGCGGCACAAGCGAGUCCGGCGGCGGCGCCAGCGGCCACGCAGAAGUGGAUCGUUUGCCGGGUUUGCCUGCAGCAGCCCAAGGAGCCCAUGGCCAGUAUUUUCCACGACGACGCGGAGAAGGACCUGACCAACAUGAUCCGGGAGUGCGGCGGAGUACCCAUCAAGCAGUUCGACCACUAUCCGGACAAGAUUUGCGAGAAGUGCUUUAGGGUUCUGAAAAUGGCAUUCAAGUUCCGGGAGACCUGCCAGCGAUCCUACGGUCAUCUGCGGCAGUUUGUGGGUCCCGUGGAGGUGGAGCAGCGAACGCCGGAGAAGAAGAGUGAAGAACAAACCCCUAAACUGGAACAGGAGUCCGAGGAGACGGAGCAGGAGCAGGAACACGAGGAGGAAGAGGAGGAGGAGGACCUGGACGAGAGUCAAUACACUGAGGCCGAGGCGGACGAAUCCGCGGAGGCCCAGGGCGGCGUCUUUAACGACGAACUCGAGGAGGGCAUCCUCGUGGAACUGGAAAAAGAUCGAAUUGUACAUGUGAAGAGUGAACAGGUGGAGGAGGACGGCAUCAUCGAGGAGGUUUACGACGUGUACGAGACCUACGAGGGCGAUAUCAUCACAGAGCAGGGCGCCUACGACCAGGAAGUGGCCGAUCAAUCGCUCUCCGAACUGUCAGCGGACAUCGAGUACUUGGACCAGGUCGAUCAGGACCAGUUGACCGAAAGUGCUCACGAAGACGAGGUGGAAGGCGACAUGAACUCAACCGAGGAGGAGUUCGUCCCCACCAAAAGUAUUCUAGCCUCCCUCAAUGCCCGAGGCGGCAAUAAGCGGAGAGCUAAUCCCCGCAGGGCAGCCGCGUCCGCAUCCUCAGCACCGGUUCCUGCAGCAUCGGGCACCGGCACCUCAAAGACCGCCCCUCGCGGCAAUCCUCUUAAAGUGCGGCGGGGAAACAGCAAUGCGUCUGCCACCAAGAUCGUCAUCAACUCCGAAGAGGGCGUCUCCAUUGGGGAGGUGCUGGCGCGGAAGCACGCCGGCAUCAAAACCAAGGGCGGCCACAAGAUCCUCGUCGGUGACAAGAAGGAGUUCAAGUACAUCUGCGACGUCUGCGGCAACAUGUAUCCCUCCCAGAGUCGUCUCACUGAGCACAUUAAGGUCCACUCCGGCGUGAAGCCGCACGAGUGCGAAAUCUGUGGUCACUGUUUUGCCCAGGCUCAGCAAUUAGCGCGUCACAUGAACACCCACACUGGAAAUCGACCGUACAAGUGCAGCUAUUGCCCGGCAGCCUUUGCGGAUCUGUCCACCCGCAACAAGCACCACAGGAUCCACACAAAUGAGCGUCCCUAUGAAUGCGAUGUUUGCCACAAGACAUUUACCUACACCAACACAUUGAAGUUCCACAAGAUGAUUCAUACGGGAGAGAAGCCGCAUGUGUGCGAAGUGUGCGGUAAGGGUUUCCCGCAGGCGUACAAGCUGCGCAACCACCGGAUCAUCCACGAGCGACGCGGUCAAUCCGCACGGGAAUCCGUCAGCGGGCUGAUGCCAUACGAUACGGCCAAUAUUGUGGGCCUGGAGAUUUAAAUUUCGAGCGAGGACUCCUCGUCGUUCCAAAGCGACAUUUUAAAUAUUAAACAGACACACUCGUGUAAUUAUACAUCUAAGUAUAUUGAUGAAAUUUAAGCCUAGCCUAAUUAUGCGGAAAUAAAUUAAGUAUAGCUGCGCA